GGGCUGGGCGUGCCACGGGUGACGCGCAGGGCCGGGCGGGCCAAUGGGCGCAGGGUGGCGGGCGGGCUUGGAGGCCCCGGGCUUUAGGACAGGAACAGGCCGCAGGCUGGACAGACUGACGUGUGGCCGUAUCGCGGGAGGCGCAUGGCGGGGAUGGCGCUGAAGCGGGCCUGGAAGCAGAUGUCCUGGUUCUACUACCAGUACCUGCUGGUCACCGCGCUCUACAUGCUGGAGCCCUGGGAGCGAACUGUCUUCAAUUCCAUGCUGGUUUCCGUUGUGGGGAUGGCAUUGUAUACAGGAUAUGUCUUCAUGCCCCAGCACAUCAUGGCCAUACUGCACUACUUUGAAAUUGUACAAUGACCAAGGUGCAACCAGGAUGGAGAGGUUCCUUGGGGAAGACCCACCCUAUGAAGUUGGAAUGCGACUUCAUCAGAUGUCAUAAGAAACUCUUCUAGAUGUCAACAUAACCUUAUAAAGACUAAAAUUCAUGAGUAGAACAGGAAAAUCAUCCUGACUCAUGUGUUGUGUUCUUUAUUUUUAAUUUUAAAAGAGGCUCUUGUAUAGUAAUUUUUGUCUAUUUUAACAUUGUAGUCAUUUGUACUUUGAUAUCAGUAUUUUCUUAACCUUUGUGACUGUUUCAAUAUUACCCUGUGAAAGCUUUUCUUAAUGUAACUUUGAGUACAUUUUAAUUGCCUUCUAUUUUUAAAACCCAGAGUCAUUAGUUGGGCUUUACUGUUCUUGCUAUUGUAUGGCAUACACACCUUGCCUGGACAUAUUUCUACAAACCAAAGUUUUGUAAGAAACAAUACAAGAUUUGGGGCAGGGGGAUGGGGAGGGAGGAUAUUUUAUUGAGACCUACUUACAAAGACUUUACCUGUUAAGCUUGAACUCAGGAGUACAGUUUUAGCUCUCUAGAGUCUAGCAGCUUUUGCUUUAAAAUUAUUAAAGCGUUUCUUAA